AUGCGUUCCUAUAAACUGUUGUUUCUUAUCUUUUUGGUAUUAUAUUUCAUUGCUGGUAUUUCACUUCUUAUUACUGGCAGUAUUGCUCAUAGACAUGCGGCACAUUUUUCGAGUAUUACUGGUUAUUCACUUAUGUCUGGUGCCGGGUUUAUUAUUGGAUUAGGUGUUAUUAUUAUUGUUUUAACAGCAGUUGGUCUCAUUGGAGCAUAUAGAAGUCGUUUAAAUUUAUUAAAAUUUUUUAUUGGUUCAUUAGUUAUAAUACUUUUACUUCAAUUGAUUGCUGCAAUUGUUACGUUUACUCUUCGUAAUAAAGCUGAAAAUCAAUUACGUACAAAAUUAUUUGACUCCUUACUAAGUUAUAAAGAUGGAAAUAAGGAUGUUAUAAAUGAAUGGGAUCGUCUUCAACAAACACAAUCAUGUUGUGGUGUUGAUAAAGCUGAUGAUUGGAUCGAUCGCGGUCAACUCACCGCACCACCACCAUCAUGUUGUCUUAAUAAUGAUUGCUCAAAAAUGCCAGUCAAUGGUACGGCUUAUUUUGAUCAUGGUUGUUAUGGAUCAGCUCGUAAUCUUUUCUUUCGAUAUUCAAAAGCAUUAGGUGGUGUUUCAAUAUUUUUCUUUUUUAUUGAAAUUGCUGGUCUUGUCUUAGCUAUUUUUCUUCUUCGUGAUUUGAAAAAUAAUUAUGGAAGUGUUUAA